GUUUAUCAAAGGCUUCAUGUAUCGCCACAAAGAUCGCUGUCCAGAGAACGAAUAUUUCCUGGAUUAUGUGCGCUACUCCUUCCUGAUGAAUCUGCACCGGAACCUGCCCAAGAACGUCCUGGACAAGAGCUGGCCAACACCUCCAGCUGCUCUAACUGAGGCAUCAGAACAUCUGCGGAAGAUGUGCAUGCAGAACAUGGUGUGGAGCUACUGCAAGAACAUAAAUCCUGAGUGGAAACACCAGUUGGAGCAGAAAAUGAUUGCCAGUGAGAUUUUCAAGGACAAGAAGGACAACUACCCACAGAGCGUGCCCAAGCUGUUCGUCAACACCAGGCUCAAUGGAGAGGACCUCAACCCAAAGGUGAUGCAGGCUCUGGGGAGUGACAAAAUGAAGUACGCAGUGCCGGUCGUCAAGUAUGACAGGAAGGGCUACAAGCCUCGGCCCCGCCAGCUGCUGCUCACCGCCAACAGUGCUGUCAUCAUCGAGGAGGGCAAACUCAAGCAGCGCAUUGACUACGGAGCCCUGAACGGCGUCUCCGUGAGCUCCCUCAGCGAUGGCUUGUUUGUUCUGCACGUGCCCAGUGACGACAACAAACAAAAGGGCGACGUCAUUCUGCAGAGUGACCACGUGAUUGAAACUUUGACCAAGAUCGCCAUCUGUGCUGACAAAGUUAACAGCAUCAACAUCAACCAGGGCAGUAUAAAGUUUAUGGUGGCUCAAGGGAAGGAAGGGAUCAUAGACUUCACGGCCGGAUCACAGCUGCUCGUGGCCAAGGCUAAGAAUGGACACCUGUCUGUG